GCAUCCGUUUUCUUCCGGCGCUGUUCCUAGUGAGUUCCAGGCUGAUUAUCAUUGAACGCCGAGAGUUGAGAAAGAACGUGUUCGUGUGGCCCAGUUCGGUUGUUUUUGGUGUGAGUUUGAGUUGAGAUCUCAGCUGGCCGUCACGCUAUUGCAAAGUCUGAGGAAGAAAAGCCGAGCAGAAAACGGCGGAUGUCAGUGGCGUUAAUCAAUGUCAAACCGGAAGAAAGAUCAACUAAGUGGACAAGACAAGCUCUGUUUCUUCCCAACAUCCGACCGUAUGUGUGCAGUUUAAUAGGUCUGGAUCUCGUGCAUCAUGACAAACAGCCUUUGAUAAGUGAAGCGGAAUAUAACCAAUCUGAAAAGGGAAAUCGAGUAAAAGAAAAGAGGGAAGAGAAGGGUGAAAGAAAGAAACAAGUGAAGUGAGGAGAAACGAACGAAAGAAUGAAAUUGCCCAGUCUGAAUCGUGGAUGCUUCACCGCCGCCAUGGCAACAACGAAGAGUGCUUGGGGUUUCAGAGCUGCUGUGUUAAUCGUGACGUUGAUGGCCCUCUUUACCGGCCAGGGGUUUUGCUCGGAGGACGAGGAACGGCUGGUUCGCGAUCUCUUCCGCGGCUACAACAAAUUGGUCCGGCCCGUGAAAAACAUGAGCAUGAAAGUCGACGUCAAAUUCGGACUCACAUUUACUCAGCUCAUUAGCGUCAACGAGAAAAAUCAAGUGAUGAAAUCCAACGUUUGGCUCCGAUUGACUUGGCAGGACUAUCAGCUGCAGUGGGACGUGGCGGAUUAUGGUGGAAUCAACGUACUGCGCUUGCCUCCCGAUCGUGUAUGGAAGCCUGACAUCGUGCUUUUUAAUAACGCUGAUGGCAACUACGAAGUCCGCUACAAAUGCAACGUUCUCAUUUAUUCCGGCGGUGAAGUCCUUUGGGUACCUCCCGCCAUCUAUCAGAGUUCGUGCACAAUCGACGUCACCUAUUUCCCGUUCGACCAGCAAACAUGUCUGCUGAAAUUCGGUUCGUGGACGUUCAACGGCGACCAGGUAUCGCUCGAUUUUUACCUGGACAAACAUCACGUCGACUUGUCCGAUUACUGGAAAUCUGGCACUUGGGACAUCAUCGAGGUGCCGGGCAAGCGCAACGUGCACAACCACACGAAACCCACUCAGAUGGACAUCACGUUCUCCAUCACCAUCCGACGCAAGACGCUUUUCUACACAGUCAACUUGAUUUUGCCGACGGUGCUCAUUUCAUUCCUGUGCGUUUUGGUCUUCUACUUACCGGCCGAGGCCGGCGAGAAAGUCACGCUAGGCAUCAGCAUUCUGCUGUCUCUCGUUGUGUUCCUGCUGCUCGUUUCGAAAAUUUUGCCGCCAACGUCGCUCGUCCUGCCACUCAUCGCCAAAUACCUUCUGUUCACCUUCAUUAUGAACACGCUCUCCAUUCUGGUGACGGUGGUCAUCAUCAACUGGAACUUCAGGGGACCGCGGACCCACCGCAUGCCCAACUGGAUCCGGGUGGUCUUCCUGAAAUAUUUGCCCAUUCUUCUCUUGAUGAAACGACCUAAAAAGACGCGCCUCAGGUGGAUGAUGGAACCGCCAGCCGGCGGCUACGGAAGUUACGGCAAUUUCGGAGGAGGGGCAACUGCGGCUAGCACGACCAGUAUGGGUAUGAGCAUGAGCAUGGCCGGCGGGAUGAGCACCUCUUCUUCCGGCAUGGGUCAACCUCCUCCACCGCCUCCACCACCUCCGCCUUUGCUUCCUUAUCCUUCGGCCGGCGGUGCGUCUGGCAAAAUGGAAGUGAUGGAACUGGCCGACUUGCAUCAUCCCGACUGUCGGAUGAGCCGACAAAACAGCGAACAGCUGCGGGAACGAGAGCGUGAACAUCACGAUCCGCAUUGCUGCGAACGAAUGCACGCCACCUCGUCCAACGAGGAACUGAUGAAUCUGAACGAACGGCCGGCUGCAGUCAGCGGCCGCGAAAUGCUCGAACCGCCCGAAACGCUCCUACUCACUCCGGAGGCCUAUAAAGCCACCGAAGCUGUCGAGUUUAUCGCCGAGCAUCUGAGAAACGAAGACGAAUACACGCAGAUUCGUGAGGAUUGGAAAUACGUAGCUAUGGUGAUCGAUCGUCUGCAAUUGUACGUGUUCUUCGCCGUGACGACAGCCGGCACGAUUGGUAUCCUCAUUAAUGCACCGCACAUUUUCGAGUACGUCGACCAGGAUAAGGUCGUUCAGAUGUACCGGUGGGAGACCGGUUAAGUUCGUGAUUAGUACGAACGUUUAAUCCCAAAAAGUCAACGAGCGAACGAGCGAGAGAUCCAACUCUUACCCCCAGACAGUACAGUCAUCUUUUUCCGUGUUGUUGCAUUUACAUAGUCGAAUCCCAUCAUCUCUUUCUUUGAUAUAUUAAUACAUGAUAUAAUGAGUCUUCUCAUUCCCCUCUUCCCCGUCAUGCGUGUGCGUAAUGUGCGUUGUCAUAUCCAAAAAUCCAUCGAUUUCGUUUCUUAAAAUCCCUUUUUGUUAUCCGGCUGCCAUCGCUGCCAAUCAUCCCCCCCCCCUGUUUCUCUGUCCUUUCUCUCCGUCUUGUAUUGUUUUCCACGUGUACAGAAUAUAAUGAAAAACAAUAACAUUGAAGGAAAAAAACCAUUCAAAAUAAAGCCCUUACCGUGUCCCUCUUCUCUUCCGUACAACUCUUCCUCCUUCCUUGUAUUUGGGUAUUUAAACACACACUCGUUCAUGUAUACAGUAUACAUAAAGUUUCAACAAAAUGUUUGCAACUCUCCGCCGUGUUGGUGAUGGCUUCUCAUUUCAAUUUCACAUUUAGUCCCUUUUUGUUUUGGCUCGUACAUAAUCGUUCCCACUCAUGUUUUUCGGUUGGUAGGUUAUUAGGUGCUUCUGUUUGCAUUCACAUUCGUCACGACUGUUCAUCGCCCGUCGCUCUGUCUUUACUUGUGUGUAUUAAAUAAACACCACCAUGCCACGCAAGGAAAUUAUUAUUCUGAAGGAGAAAAAGAAAGAAAGAAAAAGACAGCGAAAAACAAAUCCGAUUAUAUAUACGAGACAUUUGUAGAUGGAUCAAUGUUUGUUGUGUCUCUCGACAUGAAGAGAUCCUUAAGCUCCCAUGCUCCCUGUUUGGACGUUCAAUGAUGAUAGUGUUCAUGAUGCAUUGAUUUGAUCUUGUCGGAUUUGUUUGCAUUUCUCUUUCUUGCCCGCCCAACUUUAAUGGUGACAUGCGCUAAAAUAAGACUUCAGAAAUUGUGUGACAUGUAUGCUUGCUACUGCUCGACAAAGUUUCGAAAUCUUUAUUUUACAUGUCGGGACAACAACAACAAACAAUACUUACAUUAUGUACGGUGGAGAAGAACUGGCAUUGUAGCAUACUCAUGUUUUAACAAGCAUUUUUUCCCGCAGAAGAUGACCCACCUCCUUUGAAAACAGCAGUGUACGUUACAAACAAACAAAACAUAACAAGAAUACUUGGUUGACACUUUCUUUCGUGUUUCAAUGUUUCUUCAUUUUGUGCCGAAAUUACAGCUAUGUUCUUGUACGUCAAAUGAUGGCUAUGAAAAUGAUGAUACAGCAGGUUAUAUACAUAAUGACGCGACA